AUGCUCGCCAGACUUGUCGACAGUACCAGUGUUUUGGGGAUCCUCUUGGCGACUCUCGUUCUAUAUCUUGGUUACUUGACCCUUCGGCCAGUUCCAAUUCCCGGCAUUCCCUACAAUGAGGAUGCUGUGGUGCGAGCGUUUGGGGACUUGAAAGCCAUGAAAGCGGCCAAAUAUCGCCGUCGAUGGAUAUGGAGUCAGCCUAGAGAACACGACACAGUCAUAUAUCAACUCUUUUUGUUUCCGUUCCGGCGGCCUACAGUCAUUGUGUCAGAUUACCGGGAGACAAUGGACAUCUGCUCUCGUCGAGUCAAGGAAUUCGACCGAGGCAAUCGCAACAGAGAAUGUGUCGGCAUAACUGCGCCCAACUUUCACUUCACCAUGGAAUCCAGAGACCCUAGGUUUAAGCACCACAAGGAGCUAUUGAGAGACUUGAUGACACCCUGGUUUCUGGAAACGGUUGCGACGCCCCGAGUGUACGAGAAUGCUGCUGCCCUCGUUGGCCUUUGGGGUGUUAAGGAGCUCAAGGCACUGGGAAGACCAUUUUCUGCCAACCAUGAUUUGUAUCUGUCGACGCUAGACACGAUAUGUGCCGUGGCAUUUGGCGUGGACCUAGAAAUGUCUGCCGUUGGACACCAAACCCGCCACAUCGAGGCAUUCAAACCUGUUCACCAUUGGGGCUUAGGUGUUGUCGCACGAUUCCCAACCGCUCCUACCGAUGCCUACUUGGAAUCGAUACUCGAUAUUCCUGAAAUGGUAGCAAUUGCACAAAAGAGUUUCUUCCCUACGCUAUCCCAGCGACUUGCGCUGCUGAGCCCAAAACACGCCAGGGCUCAAUGGUAUAGACGGAGGCUGAUUCGGAAACAAACCGAACAAGCCCUGAGGAGGAUAUCCUCCCUUGGUGACCAGUACGCGCCCAAAAGUGCUUUGGAUCACCUACUCCACAGAGAAAUGGUGGCAUCUUCCCGGGCCGGUAGAGCACCAGACUUCUUUUCCCCAGUCAUUCGAGACGAGGUUCUCGGAUAUUUACUAGGCGGUCAUGAUAGCAUAGCUACUGUGCUUUCCUGGUGGACCAAACACAUGCAAUGUUUUCAAGAUGUGCAGUCACGGCUAAGACAAGCUCUGCGCCAGGCCUACCACAGAGCAGCCGAAGAGGGCCGUUGGCCAACGGCAGAAGAACUAUCAUCCACGUCAGUGCCGUACUUUGAUGCUGUCGUGGAGGAGUCACUCCGAGUAGCCUCCGUUGCUACCCUCAUCUCUCGAACGGCGACGUGCGAUACUCAUAUACUUGGCCACAACAUCCCCAAGGGAACCGAUAUUCUGUUGUCAUUAACUGGGCCUUCUUUGACAGAGCCCGCUGUUCCAGUUUCUGAGCCAAGCCGAACAGCUGCUUGUAGGCAAGCCAAAGACCGUAUCCCUGCUUGGGGAGACGACAUUGAAGAGUACAAGCCAGAGAGGUGGCUCAAGGUCGAAAAGAGAGAUGGUAGAGAAGGCGUUGAAGUGUUUAACCCUUAUGCUGGGCCAAAUCUUGCUUUUUCAACGGGACCUCGACAGUGUUUCGGCAAAAAGUUGGCACUCGUUCAACUAAAAACCACCAUGGCACUACUGCUGUGGAAUUUCGAGCUUCAGGAGGUAGAAGCGUCCCUGAGCGGGUGGGAUAUCACGGAGAGGCUGUUCAAUCUACCCACGAAUUGCUAUGUGAAACUAGAGAGAAUAGGACACGACAAGUUGGCCGCUCUGCCGUGA